AUGCCGUUACACCCUAGGGUAGUUAGAGCUGAGGUUGAUGAUGUUUUAUUAUCGGGAAGACUUCAUCGGCUUGUUUCGGUACAAGCCCAAGUUUUCCAUUUAAUUGACGCCAAAUGGGUAGAAUUAACUACUGAACCGAUCUUAGUUCAUCUCAUCCAUGACAAACUAGAAGGAGUAGCUAAAAUGCUGGCGAUUUGGCGCCUAAAGCUUGUAAUUAAUAAUGUGCCUGUGUCUUCCAAUUUCAAUAUUCACACACCUUCAAAGAAGUUUUUACAAUUUGUCUGUAAUAAGUUUGACAAAAACAGUGAUAUCUAUGGUUUCGGCUUUGCUGACUCCAAUGAGUUGGAUCUAUUUAAUCAGCAGUUAAUACGCAUAAAGUCUGCCGCCAUGGCAUCCCUAACUCCUUCCUUCCAUCUGGGUUCUAAUUCAUUACCUCAAACUCCAACUCGAUCCCAUCGACGCGUCUUGUUCCCUCGAUCGAGCUACGGAGGCUCAACUUCUUCUCCUUCCAGUAAUUCCAUAUCACCCCCAUAUGGAUAUGUUGGCUCUCCUAUGAGGAACUUGUUUCCUCGAUCAGAAUCAACGAGUUCCUUCCAUAUUGAUCCUCAAACUCCUUCAAAAGAAGAACCGAUCAAUUUGUUUAGGCAUGCUGUCUUCUCAUUUUUCUGUUCAUUACAUUAUUUCAGCGAGAAUCUAUCGGAGACGAAUUCUAGACUGCCUUCCUAUCUCGGUUAUGACGGGCAAGCGCAAGGGGAUGCUUUAGUAGACAAAAUUGAAGAGAAGAAGGUAUAUCCGCGAUCUGAGGGUUUCCAGAGUUCUCUUUUUGAGAACCCUUACGUGGAAAACAGUCCACUGUCUUCUCCCAAAACUCAAAUGACCUCUUUCCAAAACGUUGAGAAGAUGUUUGAUUUAUUCUCACAGUUCAAAAUGAACGAUGGAAAUGUUGUCCUGGAGGAAGAGAUUGGCUGCUCAGCAGCUGAAAGAAGAUUGAGCGACUUUUCUACUCCGUUCGACAUUUCAACUCCUGCUCUUAACGAUAUGGCUUUCAACAUCUUCAACAUCGAUGACAUUCCAACGAAUAGUGCUGGUGCGAUCGGAACUCCUGUGAAAGGAAAAGGUGGUGUCGCUCAGUUCAGUGUUGAAGUGUCAGAUGUAGAAGUAAAGUAG